AUGAAUGGCGUGAUUGGUGUUACUGAGCUGCUCCUAAGGACGGAAUUGACAGAGGAACAGCGGUCAUACCUGGAGGUGAUUCUCUCGUCAGGCGAGAAUCUUCUAAACAUCAUCUCUGAUGUGCUCGACAUCAGCAAAAUUGAGGCUCGUUCCAUUGUGCUGGAGUCCAUACCUUUCAGCCUUAGAGAGACCAUUGAAGACUCAUUGUCCUCAGUUCGGGUGUUAGCACUGCAGAAGGACCUAGAGCUCAAUGUUUUUGUCGAGGAUGACCUUCCUUCCAAGGUCAUUGGAGACCCUACCAGAUUUCGCCAGGUUUUGCUCAACUUGCUUUCGAAUGCAAUCAAGUUCACUGAGAGUGGCAGAAUUGAGAUUCGAGCUGUUAUCAAGGACCCCAAAGACUCGCUGGCCGCCAAUCCCCGUCUAUCGCCAUGCACUUCAUCAUGGGUUGAGGGAAAGGAGGCUGGAAAGCGGAUCAGGGUUUUGACAGAUGCUGAGGAUCCGACAGGGAAAAGCAACUUUGAUUCCUUGAGCACUCUCAUUCAGUUCGAGGUGUCUGACACCGGAAUUGGAAUAUCUGAGGACAUGAUUCCUAAGCUUUUUCAAGCUUUCACACAGGCAGAUGAGUCAACCUCAAGGAAGUACGGAGGCACGGGACUGGGACUGGCCAUCUGCCAGUCCCUUGUGACCCUCAUGGGCGGUAAAAUAUCUAUCUCAUCCACACUCGGUCAAGGUUCAACUUUCUCCUUCACUCUGCCAUUUCGAGUACCAGAGACAGCUUCAGGCCCACCACCAGAGACUUCUCCUGAGAUGUCCAUUUCAGGAAGGAACAAUCCUGUCCCUGGACUGCCAGCAGCAUCAGUGCACCUUCCUCCCCUGCAUGUCUCAUUACCCCAUUCAACCUCCCUGGAGACCCCUUCUCCAUUGGUAGAGCUGCGCUCGUUUGCGGGGCUGAGGUGUCUGGUGGUGGAGGACAAUCCGGUGAACCGAAUGGUGGUGGUGAGGCUGCUGGGCAGCCUGCAGGUCACCUGUGACGUGGCAGAGGAUGGGGUCAAGGCCGUGGCAGCAUGCCAAGCCAAGGAGUAUGACGUCAUCUUCAUG